UAAAGAAAUCCUUCUGCCAUCUGUUGAAAACGGUUGGAAACAAAUCUAUCACUUUAAAAACAUUUUAAAGCUCGAAUGAUUUUACAUUUUGGUCAAAGCUAAGGUUAUUCAAGUAAAGCAAUAGGCCUCAGCUAUAAUUUGUGUCUUUGUGUGCGUCAAGACGCGAUCAUCACGUCGAAUGUCGGUGUUUUGAAAGGAGAUGGCUGGUUGCUGGUGAGGGAUUGGGAUUACCCUACAGCGGAAAACGUACCCAACAAGAUUAUGAACGGUGAAAGAUCCAGACAAGACUCCCCCUGUAUGGGUGAUGGCAGAACGUCUGCAGUCAUACGACAGUAACUCCAGUGACACCGAAAACUGGGAACGAAACGCAACAAGCCGACCUCGCAAACUCUGCAAGCACUUGAGAAGCACUCAGGCCAGAGCAUAUAGAGUGGAGGCAGAACAGAGGAAGAUGAGCAUGCAUGGUGCCAGUGGAGGCUGUGACCGCUCACGUGACCGUCGCCGCUCCAGUGAUCGCUCCAGAGACUCCUCGCACGAGAGAGACGGCCAGCUCACCCCCUGCAUUCGGAACGUCACCUCACCCACCCGCCAACACAACAGUGACCGAGAACGAGAUGGUGGCUCGUCAUCGAGGCCCAGCAGCCCGCGGCCUCAGAGAAUCUCUCCCAGCGGCUCCAGCAGCAGCGGGGUGGUGAGCAGUCGCAACAGCAGCCUGUCGAGUACUGAAGGCACCUUCAAGAGCUUGGCAGUCGGAGAGAUGGUGUUUGUCUAUGAGAAUCCCAAGGAGGGGGGAGCGGGUGCGACCGUGGGAAACCGAAAUAUUAGGACCUCAGAAAGAGUCACUCUGAUUGUGGACAACACGCGCUUUGUAGUAGAUCCGUCCAUCUUCACUGCACAACCCAAUACCAUGCUGGGCAGAAUGUUUGGAUCUGGAAGAGAACAUAAUUUCACACGGCCCAACGAGAAGGGGGAGUACGAAGUGGCUGAGGGCAUUAGCUCCACCGUUUUCCGAGCAAUUCUGGAUUACUACAAAUCUGGGAUAAUCCGCUGUCCUGAUGGAAUCUCUAUCCCUGAGUUGCGGGAGGCCUGUGACUAUCUAUGCAUCUCCUUCGACUAUAGCACCAUCAAAUGCAGAGACCUCAGUGCCCUGAUGCAUGAGCUUUCCAAUGAUGGAGCUCGGCGCCAAUUUGAGUUCUACCUGGAGGAGAUGGUGCUGCCUUUGAUGGUAGCCAGUGCCCAGAGCGGAGAGAGGGAAUGUCACAUUGUAGUCCUUACUGAUGAUGAUGUGGUUGACUGGGACGAAGAGUAUCCACCACAGAUGGGGGAGGAGUAUUCUCAGAUCAUCUACAGCACAAAACUCUACAGAUUCUUCAAGUACAUUGAGAACCGAGAUGUUGCCAAAUCAGUUUUAAAGGAUAGAGGAUUAAAGAAAAUAAGACUGGGUAUUGAAGGUUAUCCUACAUAUAAAGAGAAAGUCAAAAAACGACCAGGAGGUCGCCCGGAGGUCAUUUACAACUACGUCCAGAGGCCCUUCAUCCGCAUGUCCUGGGAAAAGGAAGAAGGUAAAAGCCGCCACGUGGACUUCCAGUGUGUCAAGUCCAAAUCCAUCACUAACCUGGCGGCAGCAGCAGCAGACAUCCCCCAGGACCAGCUGGUGGUGAUGCACCCCGGCCCCCAGGUGGACGAACUGGACGUCCUACCCAAUCCCCCACCCAGUGGGAAUCAGUACAGCAGCAACUACAGCAAUGAGCCUGACCCUGAUGCACCUUCACCUGCCGUUUGAGGACACACGGGUCCUCCUUCAAUGCCUCUUCCCCUCCAACGUCUCUAGUCCUUCCCCAGCAUGCUGCAGCAUGGAGUGCCAGGGGCACCAUAACCAUAUUGCCUUGACACCUCCUUUGCAGCCUUAGAGCCUCAAGAACCUGGUCAACUGAAGAAAAAGAAGCAUGAGGGACUUAAGACUGAUGAAAGGAACAGAUCAAUAUUGUUUUUGUUUUGAUUUUUUACUUGACCAAAGGAAUUUAUUUUUCUGUUUGGGGAAAAAAAGAUGUUAAACACUUAUUAACAUUAUUAUUUACAAAUGUUGACUCUUAAUCGGAUGGUUUUGGUUGAGCACUCAUGUGAUGUCACUGUUUUUUCCACAGGGUUUUAUUUCACUGAUGAUAUUGAUUUUGAUUAUCUUGAGUGGCCUAACUACUUAAUGUGCUUUGGGGAAAAUGACUUUCUGGUCAUUGAAGGAAUACUUUUCGUUGCAUAGUGUCAUGAUCCCUGGUUCAGCUCCUGAGAUUUCUAUAAAUCUUGUCAUUGGGUAUGUAGUUGUUGGCUGGAUCUGAUAUGUGAUGUUAUGCUCUUCCCGCAGCCAUGAUUUUAAGCAGAGCACAGGCUAACCCUGUCCUCGUCAGAAUCUUUUUGUGAAAAGCUUGAAAUUGUUGUUCAAAAAUAAAACGUAAAAUCAUCAAAUAAAGAGAUCACAAUAACCUUUGGGUAUAUUAAAU